AUGGCGAUCUGUACUUUCAACGCACGGACGCUUGCAUCGGAAGCGUGUAUAGAAGACCUGAUGAUGCAAGCUAGGAAGAUCAAGUACGACGUCAUCGGACUGACCGCGACGAGAAGGCAUCGCCCGCUGCACGCUGUAUUUGAGACUGGAGAAGAACUGUUCCUUGGAACAUGCGACAGUAGAGGCGUCGGCGGCGUAGGUGUCCUCGUCAAUACGCACUUGGCCAUGAACAUCGAUUCGUACGAAAGCUUAACAACCCGAAUCGGACGUUUGCGAUUAAGAAGAUGUGGCUCAAUCCCAGCUCUAACCAUCUUCGUUGCUUACGCACCAACAUCGAGCUACGAAGAAGAGGAGUUGGAAGCGUUUUAUAUGGAUCUGGAGAGGCUCUACAGAGAAGACCACACUUUCUUCAAGGUCAUCGUCGGUGAUUUUAACGCCAAGAUUGGCCCCAGAAGAACGGCUGAAGAGCUUCACAUCGGGACUCACGGAGUGGAAUGGAAUGAGCAGGGUGAAAGGCUGUCCGAGUUUAUCAUGACGACCCACACCAUCCAUGGUAACUCGCAGUUCCAGAAGCCCUCUCAUUUAAGAUGGACAUGGGAGUCACCUGGUGGACAGUUCCAUAAUGAAAUAGACCACAUCAUCUUCAAUCGGAGAUUUUGCCUGACCGACGUCGCUGAU